AUGUCUGCAGCGAACGGCUCAGCCGUCCCUGGCGCAACGGUCACCGAUGCCAAAGGCAAGGGCAAAGCUGUUGAUCAAGUGCAGAGUCAGGACAUGUCGAUGGACGAAGACGAAGAUAGCUCAGAGGGCGAGGAGAGCGGGAAUGAACCUGUGAGUUUUAGAUUCUAUCCGACGUCAUCACCGCAGCAGCAGCGAAACCCAGCCCCAACCUCAGACAGAUACCGCACCGCAAAGCAAAUCACUAACACAAGCCGUGCAAUGUUUCUAGUAGAAGAAGAAGCCGAUGAAGACAACAUGGAAGAGAUCGACACAUCCAACAUCCUCGGUCGACGCACGCGAGGCAAGAAUAUCGAUUUCGCGGAGGCAGCGCAGAAGGCUGAGGAGGCGGGAGAUCCGCUGGAAGACGAUGAUGAGGACGAAGAUGAUGAUUUUGAUGAGGGAGAGCAGGGGGAUGGGGAUAAGAUGGAGGAAUGA